AUGGAAUCGGUCCUUUUGAUGAUUUUACUGGUUGUAAUUAUAUUAAUACGAUUCAUUUUGUGGUCCUGUCUUAGUGCUUAUAUAGAUUAUAAACUGUCCCAAAGGUUUCCUGACACAAGAAAAGAGGACUAA